AUGUUCGCCGGACGAGUGGACCGCGGCGCUCCUCCGCCAACAGCCGCAGCGCAAAAAGCAGACCGACGUGAGAACCGCGGACGCGCCACGAACGGCGACGAGAACUCGCGGAGUAACCAAAAAUCGAGGGCCGCAGAAAGUUCCGGCGACGGAGAAUCCGAUAAGGCCUUGUCGGAUCGGCGGGUUCAUUCCGGCGGAAACACUGUGAUGCAAAAAGAACAACGUCUCGUGUCCACUGUGCAAUUAUUUGCCUCAGAAAUGUUGCUUCGACGUUCGUUUGAAACAUGUAACGUUAAAAAUUUGUGCCGCGUCUCGGUACGUUCCUGCGACCGUAUUUCGGCCGUAAAAUGUCUUUUUUUAAACGUCUUUUAAACAUCACCAUUCAACAUCCGUACAACAGUUAUAUCGCAUUGCUUGUUAAUAUUACGUUGAUGCGAUACUGCCGGUACUGCCGGUAAAGCGUAUUUGUAACUUAAUCCAAUGCGUUUUAGAGAUGUUUAUUUCCAACAUACCGAGAACCGCAAAAUAGUGUUUAUAAAACAAUAUCGAAUACGAAAAUA